UGGUCGCGCAUUGCAAAUUCAGUUGUCUUGAUCAGUUCUUCGUUCGUGUUACUUACUUAGCUAAAAUAUGACAGCAGCAAACUCAGCUUUCAUUAUUAUUAAUUAAAUAAAAUUAAAAAAAACCUAUUUCGUUCAAAUGUAAAAAUUUCUUCGAAAAUAUAUAAUUUCUUCGCCAUAUUCUCAGUGAAUUUGUGAUUGAAUAUUUUUGCGUACCUUAGUUACUGUCUUGGCAAAUAUGAUACCUUUAGUUGGUUUUGUUGACAAACUACGUUGGCGUUUGAACCUUCUUCAAAAUAAGUACACGCAAUACCGUCUUUCCACCAACGAAACUGCUAUUGCCGACACUGAAUAUGGCCAAGUGAAGGGCUUAAAGCGAAGAACUCACAGCGAAGCAUCCUACUACAGUUUUGAGGGAAUACCCUAUGCCAAACCACCAGUAGGUGAGCUACGCUUCAGGGCGCCAAAACGGCCAGAACCAUGGACAGGUGUACUGAAUUGUCUUGGCCCCAGAGACAAAGCCGUACAAGUUCAUUUGAUAACAAAAAACGUAGAAGGCUCAGAAGAUUGUCUCUACUUGAAUGUUUAUACGAAGGAUCUGAAGCCUACUAAACCACGUCCAGUUAUGGUUUGGAUACACGGAGGUGGUUUUAUUUCUGGCGAAGCCAGUCGUGACUGGUUUGGACCGGAUUAUCUUAUGGAGAAAGAUGUCAUAUUGGUUACGGUGCAAUACCGACUUGGUGUUUUUGGUUUUCUCUUUAUGGAUUCACCGGAGUUAAAUGUGCCCGGCAACGCUGCUUUAAAGGAUCAAAUAUUAGCCCUUAGAUGGGUCAAAAGUAAUAUAGCGAAUUUCGGUGGAGAUCCCAAUUGCAUAACGCUGUUUGGCCAAAGUGCUGGUAGCGCGGCGGCGCAUUAUCUUUGCAUCACGGAGCAAACGAGGGGACUCUUUCAUCGUGCCAUUUUGAUGUCAGGCGUGGCUCUUUGGCCAUGGGCAGUUCAGGGACCAAGAAAGAUUGGCUAUCCGUUAGCAAUAUUGGCAGGAUACAAGGGCGAAGACGAUGAGCAACAAGUGCUGGAAUAUUUAAUGAAAUGCAAAGCCAUUGAACUGACUAACAAGGAACCAAUGCUUUGGACCGUUGAGGAGUUGAAAGAUAAUAUCAGGUUUCCCUUUGGUCCGUGCAUAGAGCCGUAUGAAACAGCCGAAAGUGUAAUAUUAAAAAGUCCGCGUGAACUUAUGAAGACAGCUUGGACAAACACAAUACCGCUAAUGGUGGGUGGUGUAUCAGAAGAGGGCGUAGUAAUGCUGCCAUUUAUAAAACUAAUGCCCACUUUAAUUUUGAAAUUGGAAACUUGUCGCAACUUUGUGCCUGCUGCAGUUUUGGAUGACGAAGAAAUUAUGAAACACGGACAGAAGCUGAAAAGCAUACAUGUUGAUGGCGAUGACAUAACUUCUGAGCACUAUAUAGAUCUCAAAAGUUAUUGGUUAUUUUACUUCCCCAUCCAUCGCACUCUGCUUUCGCGUUUAAAUUAUGCUCCAAAUGCGCCUACUUAUCUGUAUCGUUUCGCUUGUUAUUCUGAAGUGAUGCCGUAUCCAUAUCGCACUUGGUGUCUGGGAGGACGUGCCCUCAAGGCUGCUUGUCAUGGCGAUGAGUUACCUUAUCUUUUUUGGAAUGCAAUGUCACACCGUUUGCCAGAAGGUAGUCCUGAACAUCGCACAAUGCAACGGAUGAUUGGUAUGUGGACUCACUUUGCCGCAACUGGUAAUCCAAAUAAUAAAGAAUUAUCUGGAAUGGAGUCAAUUAAUUGGGAAACAAUUAAAGAGCCUGUGCCGGCAUACAAGUGUAUGAAUAUUGGUGAAGAGUUGGAAAUCAUAGAUUGGCCAGAAAUGCGCAAGAUUAAGGUGUGGGAGAGCACCUACGAUGGCAAUAAGGAGUUGUUAUAUUGAGUACAAAUAAUAAAUUUUUCAAAUAAAUUAAAAUUAGGGUAUUUUACAAUGAAGUGCAAACAGCAGUCUGGUAUCAAGGCAGCAGUACAACAACAAUGAUGAAAUUUUAUUUGCACAUAUUUCUUAACCUCCUUCUUAUGUUAUUUGAUAUUCUUCUUUUUUGCUUUUAGUAAAGCUCACCUAUGAAGUUACUGUAAAAAAAUAUCUUUGCACGUUUGUAUAUUUUUUAAUAAUUUUAAGUUAGUGUAUGAUCCUGUUUCAAUGUAGUAUUUCAUUGUUAAUUA